CUCCAGUCACUUGAGAUACCGGUAAAACAAGAAGGAAGAGAAUCUAUGGGUCCGAAACAACCAAUUGCCAGAACUUUCAAAUAACUGGAGGGGAUCUGUAGCUUCCAAGUUCGUGGGUCACUUCUUUCUCGUAUGGCCUCUGUGGCUCUGUUAUUCGUUUCUCUCCUUCAAAACUUCAAUCCACCUCGAUCCUCUCGCUGCAGCCUGCGAGCCUGACAGUAGGCGACUCCUUCCUCUCGAUCUGUUAUCCGUUUCCUAGAUUUGAUCGGUCCCCGACUUCUUGUUUUGAUUGAGAAUACAGGUUUGAGAUUGGAUUAAGUGACGGAAGCUGCGGCUUUGGAUUAUUAUUUGGAUUUCUGAGAUUAUGAAAAAAAUCUGGGUAGGAGUCUUCUAAGUAUUCAAUCUGAUUCAUAUGGAUUUAUUUUAGCUGAUAAUAAAACUUUUUGAUGUUGGAUCCGUCUUAUUUUUAUCUGGGUUUGUUCUAAAUCAGUUGCGGUUCACUGUGUUUUAUGGAUUUUCCUCUUUUCCCCUUUUUGAUGUUUGUGCUAUUGAGAGAGAUUUCAAUUGGACCAUCUCUGACAUUGUAAAUUGUAAUCCAUUAUCGGAUUGAAAUCUUCGAUUUGGAGGUGUUUCGGUUGUGGGUUUUUUCUUUUGAACAUGGUUACCGUAAAUCUGGGCAUCCUUCAUUAUGUAUUGGAUCACAUCUAUGGUGCAUUGGUUCACCGAACGAAGAUAACCCCACCAUUCUUCUCCGGAGGAUGGGGAGGUAACAAGCUGGAUCUGUUAGAAAGCAUGAUCAAGGAGCUCUUGCCCAAUUUGGCAGCCACGAAUUGGCCCCCUAAUCUGGUGCAGCCCACAUGGCAAACGGUUUGGGAGACGAAGACUGCUUGCCUCAAAGAAGGUGUUUUCAGGACCCCUUGCGACGAGCAGCUCAUUAGUGCAUUGCCGCCUGAGAGUUACACUGUGCGGGUCGCUUUCCUUGCACCAAAGCUCGUCCAGCCGCAUAAGAUGGCCUGUGUGGUUCAUCUUGCAGGAACUGGAGACCAUUCUUUUGAAAGGAGGUUACGUCUUGGUGCACCGUUGUUGAAGGAAAACAUUGCAACCAUGGUGCUUGAGAGCCCUUUUUAUGGAAGGCGGCGUCCUUUACUACAACGGGGUGCAAAGCUUCUGUGUGUUAGUGACUUGCUGUUGUUAGGGAGAGCCACCAUAGAGGAAGCUCGCAGUCUGUUAUACUGGUUAGAUGUGGAGGCUGGGUUUGGCAAAACAGGUGUAUGUGGACUUAGCAUGGGGGGUGUACAUGCUGCAAUGGUUGGAUCACUGCAUCCCACACCAGUUGCCACAUUCCCAUUUCUCUCUCCACACUCUGCUGCUGUGGCAUUCUGUGAAGGAAUAUUAAAACAUGCCACUGCAUGGGAGGUAUUGAAAGAAGAUGUAACAGCAGCACAGAGGGCCACAAUGACACUAGAGGAAGUAAGAGAACGUAUGCGAGAUGUACUAUCACUAACGGAUGUGACAAGAUUUCCAAUUCCAAAAAAGCCUCAGGCUGUGAUAUUUGUAGCUGCAACUGAUGAUGGGUAUAUACCAAAGCACUCAGUGUUGGAGCUUCAAAAAGCUUGGCCUGGUUCAGAAGUAAGAUGGGUAACAGGGGGUCAUGUCUCAUCCUUCCUCCUCCAUAAUGAUGCCUUUCGCAAUGCGAUUGUUGAUGGGCUUGACAGGUUACAGUGGAAGGAGUCUUCAUUGUGACACCACGUGCUGUUACACAGGAGAUUGUGUUCAAGUCUUUUGGAUUCUUUUCUUCUUUUUACUUGCUGCUUCUGUGACAUGAACUAUACCUGUAAGCACCCAACUCCCCCACAAAGGAAAAGGGAUAAAAAGGGGGAAGGCAGGGGGUUCAAUCAGAGAGUCAGUGCUUCAAUUUGUUUUCUUGUGUGUAACAGCCAAUGGAGAGCUAGGGGGAGAAAUUGUCAUCGAAGUAAAGAAUGUUUACAUUUGCUGAUUUCAUUUAAUUUAAACAGUUUCCUUAUUCUUUCA